AUGGGAAACGGCGUCUCGCGGGAAAAAUAUGGUGGGCGCCUCCUCCCGCCGUCAGCCAGUGCGCAUAGGCCAGCUGCUGGCAGUGAGUGCGUCGACAGAGGGCCGGCUUGUGGCAACAGCAAGAAGAAUAAUACAAGUGACAAUGACGGCUUUGAUGAUCAGCGUCCUAUUCCACUCCACGAGGGGGAUGGAAAGGCCGCCCCGUGGAACUCCGCUACAGUGUCGCUGGAUAACGUGCUUGGGCCACCUGAUAGCACCACAUCGCUGUAUAGAAAGAAGGAAGCAAUUGGCAAAGGAGCUUUUGGCGAAGCGUACAUUGUCGAGCGCAAUGCUUCCCAUCCGUUGCCGCCGAGACAUCAUUUGACAGAGGAACGUGGGUUGCCAGAGGCGAGAAGGCGUCUUGGCGAUGAGGGGCCUCGUCAGUUCGUCGCCAAGGUGAUGAACUUGACUUCAAUGUCACAAAAUGAUCGUCGCUAUGCACAAACCGAGAUCAUGUGUCUGGCUUGCAAUCAUCAUUUUGCGAUUAUUCAGUACUAUGAGCACUUUUUCAUUGAUGACGAGGAUCAAACCAUUGUCAUUAUCACGGAGUUUGCGGAUCAAGGUGAUUUGUACCGUAACCUCUACAAACAUAAUGUGGAGCGUUAUUUGUCGGAGAGGGAGGUUGGAAUGUUUUUUGUGCAGCUUCUGUUAGGAUUGGAUCACAUUCACAGCCGUCGGAUGAUUCAUCGCGAUAUUAAGACGGCGAACAUUUUCUUAACGUCCCGCGGCUUCUUGAAGCUGGGUGAUUUCGGAUUCUCCCAGCAGUACGACAGCACUGUGUCUAACCCGAUUGCUUGCACCUUCCUUGGCACCAGCUAUUAUCUGGCUCCAGAGAUGUGGAAAGGACAACGGUACGGUAAAAAGGCUGAUAUUUGGGCGGCAGGUGUUGUCCUGUGCGAGCUGCUGGGAAAACGGCGACCAUUCGAAGCCGAUUCGCUCUCUAGAAUGAAGGAGGUUGUUCUCUCUGGUUCAAUGUGGCUCCCCGCCGUUCACCCUGAUGACAAUGCCUCCCUGCAGAGUGACCGUAUUCCGGACGAAAAGACAUGUUAUAUUUCUAGAGAGAUGCGUGAGUUCCUCCAGCAGAUAUUGCAGCAGAAUCCAGAGAAGCGACCAAGCGCCGCCCAACUUCUCAAGACGCCACUGAUGCAGCACUAUUUGUGCGUUUUCCAGAAGCAUGUGAAUCGCAUGAUUGCAAUGGAUGACGCGUUGGAGGAAGAAUACAAGUCGUCUCCUGACAAUUUCGUGGGAUCUCUGCCCAACUAUCUCCUUUCUGCAGAGGAGAGGGCACUUGUGUUGAAGGGGAUAGCUGAGGGGGAGGAGGUUAUCAACUUAGAGACGGAGCGUGAAAUUGCAACGAGCACUUCCCCGCGAAUGGAGAGCGUCGUCUAUAAGGAGUCGGGUGGUGGGCAGUGGAAGGAGCGGUACCUCAUUCUCGCCGACGGCUUUCUGACCAUGACUCUCACAAAGGGAAAGGUGGCGGCGGGCACCGGGGAGCGCAGUAAGAAGGUGCCACUUGAAACUAUCAAAUCGGUUGUGCCGAUGAUACUGGAUACCCCGGUAACGGCGGAGAUCACCGGGCAGUCGGGGACGACUCAGCUGCGCUGCGCCUUCGCAAUCUCCACACAGAGCUCGCAGUCCAUAAUGUUCGCAACUGCAACUGAAGAGGAGCGUGACCAGUGGCUUUCUGCGUUGAUUGUGGCACUCAAGAUGGACUGA